CAAUUGGGCCUCCCAUUAGGCUCAUAGUAAAUUUGAUUCUUCUGACGGCCUUAUUAUUAUCAACUCCAGUCAGGUUUCUUAGGUGGGGUCCUUGUUGACGUGGCGGAAAUCUACCGGUGCACGCGGUGGAGACUGGAUGUAUGUUCCCUUUUCACACGAGAUAGUUUCCCCAAACGCGUAUCCAGGUCGGACGCCAUUGAACUGAAGCUUCCACCAAGCAACCUCUGGGAAUGAAAAACCUCUUCUUCUGCACGCACCGAAGGGAGCGGUAGAGAGAGAAAGAGCAUCUGAUCAGAUCUUCGAUCAGAGACCAGAGAAAAAAUUCAUUGAUUUUUCGAUUGACUUAGCGACAUGAGUUUUCUCUUCGGCAAGAAGAAGACUCCCGCAGAACUUCUGCGGGAGAACAAGAGGAUGCUGGACAAAUCUAUUAGAGAAAUAGAAAGGGAGAGACAAGGUCUGCAAACACAAGAGAAAAAACUUAUUGUAGAGAUUAAGAAAAGUGCUAAGCAAGGACAGAUGGGAGCUGUGAAAGUGAUGGCAAAGGAUCUUAUCAGAACACGUCAUCAGAUUGAAAAGUUCUAUAAGCUUAAAUCACAACUCCAGGGUGUAGCACUCAGAAUUCAGACUUUGAAAUCAACACAAGCAAUGGGGGAGGCAAUGAAAGGGGUCACUAAAGCGAUGGGUCAGAUGAAUAGGCAGAUGAACUUGCCAUCGUUGCAGAAGAUAAUGCAAGAAUUUGAAAGACAAAAUGAGAAGAUGGAAAUGACGACUGAAAUGAUGGGGGAUGCCAUUGAUGAUGCCUUAGAAGGGGAUGAGGAAGAGGAAGAAACAGAAGAACUAGUGAGCCAGGUUCUCGACGAGAUCGGCAUCAACAUUAAUUCAGAGCUUUUGAAUGCACCCUCGGCCUCUGUUGCUGCACCAGCGGCGAAAAACAAGGUUGCACAAGCUGAAGCAACAGGAAGUGAAGAUGCUGGGAUUGACAGCGACCUACAGGCAAGAUUGGACAAUUUAAGAAAAAUGUAGUUUUGGUUCUUGUAAAAGUUAUUACAAUGAUAGUACAUAAUAGCUCUAAUGUAAAAAGGCAAAAGUUUAUUAUACCAGUGUGAAGUAUUCAUAAUUUUGCCUGCUAAUAUUCCCUCAAGGAUUUGGGGGGCAGUGAAGAUUUCAUUGAAAUUAUGUUUCAUGUUGCUCAUUUUAUUUUUAUUUUUGUUUGUAUAUGUUUUGAUUUGAUUAUAAAUUUUGUAUGGACACGGUCUAUCAUAGGGAAUUUUUUCAUGGAGAA